AUGAAUAUCAUUAGAAAAUUCAUGGAUUCUGGAUCCAAGCAAGAAGUGGUUAUGAUUCCAUCGGGUGAGUUCGAUUUGCUUCGAUCUCGAAAGUCACCAAAAGCAGCAUUGGAAUGUAUUUACAAUGAUUCCACUUUAAGUAUUCGUAAAACUGCUCAAUACAGUUAUGAAUUAGUUGUUUGUAAAGUUGCUGACGAUACGGAAGUUUCCACUGGUGAUGAUAACGAAGAAUACUCUGAUGAUUCUGUAAGUGCAACUUCGGCUCAAUCCAAGAAAGACGAUGAAUGGACUUUUAAAUUAGGAUUUUUGGGUUUUUACAAGAAAUGGAAUGAUCAGGGUGAUUUAACAUUUAUUUGGAACAAUACUAUUGGUGAUGAAGAAGACGAAAUGGUUCAGUUCGUUGUGUCUCCAGAAGUAUCAUUGAAAGAUGUGGCACAAUUUACAAAGACUGUGUAUCGUUGUGAAUACGAGGCCAGAUUCAAAAAACCUGGUAUUAGUGCUAAUGAAAAGGAAAUUAAUGCUGUAGCUGCAGAAUCCGAAGCGCUGGCAAGGGAACAGUGUGAUGAUUUAGCUGAAAGGUUACAGAAUUUGAAAAUGGAGGAACCACAACCAACACCAGCAUCCACUGCGGAAGAUGAAGAAGAAGUAGAGGAAGAGAAUUUUGAGGAUGCUAGAGAAGUACAGGUUCCGGUAGCUAGAAAGUUGAAAAAAAAUCCACCAAAGGCUGUUCCCAAGGGUAAACAAUUAAUCCUCUUAAAGGCCAGCCUGCUCGUAUUUGACCCCAUGGAGGAAAAAUUUAUGUCACAAGAACAAGAUGUGGAUGUACUCGUUAUUGAAACUGGUGACUACGAAUAUUGGCUAGCGGUUCAGGGUGAACCUACUAAAUUGGGUACAGACUUGUCUCCCAGUAUCAAUCCAACUUUCGAUUUCGUCGAAUCAGGAUUCAUCUUUAACUAUACCUUUAAUCAAAUCACUCUUUCAUUCAUGCUUAAAUUUACUGAUGUAGGAGCAUGUACACAGUUCCAAAGUUGUAUCUCUAAAUGCCUAUGGAUGUCAUUAAACAAAAGACCGUGGGGGGAAGUCCCAGGUGACCAGAAACAAUUCAUCUUGAAUUUUUCAGCGGCAGUGGAGAAGGAUUUGAACAAAAUCUUGGAUGAAGAUGAACGAGAAGCGCGUAUCAAAGAAGAAGAGGAAGAAAGACAUGAAAGAGAACAAGAAGAGGAGGAAGAAGAGAGUGAUAGUGAAGAUGAAGAUCAUUCAAGAAGAAUAAUUUCAUCAGAAAGUUUUGAGAAUGAUUCAUUUCAGCGUCCUUUAUCAAGUGGUAAUAAGUCCUUAACAGUCGCCUACAAGAAUGACAGAUCUUAUGUCGUUAGGGAUAACAAGAUCGGUGUCUUUAAGACAGAUAGAGAUGGAAUGGACUUUGUUGCUGCCCUUAAAAACAUUUCUGACUUAGAAGGGAAAAGAAUUAACCCAGAUGAUCCUAUGCUUUACAUGGAAGAUAGAAAUCUCAUCUUGCGGGAUGAAAAGGAUAAAAACAAAUUGUUCAAAAUGGAUUUAGAGAGAGGUAAAGUGGUGGAAGAAUGGGGAACUGGUGAAAAAGAUGUGGUUCAAUAUGGUCCCGCAAAGAAAUUUGACCAGCUGACUGCUGAGCAGACAGUCCUAGGUGUUUCCCCUCGUGGUCUAUUUAAGAUCGACCCAAGAAUUAACACCAAAAACAAGGUGGUACAAGAUGAAUCAAAAGAUUAUGCCACCAAUACAAAAUUUAGUUCCCUGGGUACGACGGAGGAUGGUUAUAUUGCUGUUGGGUCUGAGAAAGGUGACGUGCGGUUAUAUGACAGGUUAGGAAUUAGAGCCAAGACUGCAAUUCCAUCAUUAGGUCAGCCCAUAAGGCACGUCACAGUUUCUGCUAAUGGUAAGUGGUUGUUAUGUACGUGUGAUUCUUCAUUGCUAUUAAUGGAUCUUACCGUUAAAACUGGCAAGAAUGCAGGAACUUUGGGAUUCACAAAGUCUUUCCCUGCCAGUGAAAACAUUAAGACCUACGUUCUUAAGAUUAGUCCAGAACACGCAAGUUAUAUUUCAACUUCUACGAAGAAACCUAUUAACUUUAGUAAGGCUUAUUUUAACACCGGUAUCAACCAAGAGGAACAGACAAUCGUUACAUCAAGUGGUCCAUUUGCCAUUUCAUGGUCGCUGAAGAAAAUUCUAAGACACCAAAGAAAACCUUAUACCAUGAGAAGAUACGACUCAAACAUUAUUGAAGAUAAUUUCCAAUUCGGUACGGACAGAAAUGUUAUUGUAGCAUUAAAGGAUAACGUCUCCAUGUCAAAGACCAAAUCUUUCAAAGUUCCAGAUAAACAAGUUUUGUUACCUGAUGUUAGCCUCUUUUACAAUGACGACGAUGACGAUUACAACUAA